AUGAGGUUGGGAGAUAAAGCUUCAUGCUAUCAAGGUGCAAACCUGCCAAAAGAUAAUUUAUCAUCUACUAAUUUCAAGAACAUAGUCAUGCAAAUUAAAACUGGUAAACCUGCUGUGCAAGAAAACUCUACUGAAUCUGCUGUGCAAGAAAAGUCUACUGAACCUGCUUUACAAGAUAACUCUGAUAAAAUGAUUAAUAGUCAGGAUAUAGAACCUGAUAAAGAAUAA